UGGUUACUGGCGGCGAAAUCAAUGGGGGUCACUUGUGUGUGCCAGGUGCCUGUUGCGGAGGGGAAGAGUGUACAGCAGACAGUAGACAUACUGCACAAGAAACUGGAACAGCUUGGUGCUGUGAAGCAGGGAAGCUUUUGCGUUGACUGUGAGACAUACCAUGCCACAGGAAAUGUCAGCGGUCAGCCGACCAAGCUUCUGUAUGUGAUGCACAACUCUGAAACUCCGCUGAGCUGCCUUGCCCUGUUUGAAGGAGGACCUUGCCUCACAGCAGAUGGAAACUUUGAUGUGCUCAUGGUGAAGCUGAAAAGUCACUUCCAAAAUGCCAAGGGACACAAGGUGGAGUGCCGUGGUUCCAGAUACCGCUACUGUGACUUCCAAGUGAAAGUUGGCACUGUAACAAUGAGCUCCAGUGCGAGAGGGAUAUCAGUAGAGGUGGAUUACUGUCCAUGUGUGAUUCCAGGAGACUGCUGGAACCUAAUGAAAGAGUUCAUGCAAAGCUUCCUUGGCUCCAAUGUCCCGGAGCUGCCUUCUGUGUUUGCUACCAAGCCUGAGGGCCUUUAUGCCCCUGCAGACUGUGUUGACACCAUGACUCAGUACUUAGAGUUGUUUAACAAACUGCGUAAACUGCAGAUCCCAGGAGGCAAUAUGCGUUGAGACCUCAUUAACCGCAGAGCAAAGCAGAUGUUUGUUUGUAUUACUGCUUCAUAAUUCGGAUCCUAUGAAUCACCAAGGACUUCAGGGAUUGAUUACACCCAAGGAUUUUUUUUUCCAUUUUGGGAGACUGGGCAUGGCACUGCACUCUCAUUCAAAUAAAACAAUUUCAUAAACACAAGUGACCACAGAGAAUAGAAACCAUAGUUCAUGUGGCAGACGUGAUGACCUUGAGAUUUCAGACCUGAGUUACUUUGUUUAGAACUAUGUACAAUUACACGUCUUACUGCUUUUCACUACUUACUGCUAUCUUAAGAAGAAAAGAAAGGAAGCCACUUUAUUUUGUCAUUGUAGGUUACAAUGAAAUGUGUUCUCUGCAUUUAACCCAUCCUGUUGUAUAGGAGCAGUUGGCAGCUGCAGUGCCCAGGGACCACUCCAGUUCUUCUUUCCAUUGCCUUGGUCAGGGGCACGGGCAAAAGUUGUUGUAUUAACCCUAAUAUUUAAACAGAAACUUAAAAUGGAAGCUAUCAGUCGAUGUUAUGAACAGAACCAUCUUACAUUGUUAGUUAUGGGUAAAUAAAAGCAAUCGAUACUUUUGUUUUAA